AUGGCCGAAGAAGGCGGCGGGCGGCGCGGCGCCUUACAGCUGUGGCAGUUCCUGGUGUCUUUACUGGCGGAGGGCGCGCGCUGCGUGGCCUGGACCGGCCGCGGGCUGGAGUUCAAGCUGCACGAGCCCGAGGAGGUGGCGCGGCGCUGGGGCGCUCAGAAGAACAGACCAGCUAUGAACUACGACAAGCUCUCGCGCUCGCUGCGCUACUACUACGAGAAGGGCAUCAUGCAGAAGGUCGCAGGCGAGCGCUACGUGUACAAGUUCGUGUGCGACCCAGAAGCCCUGUUCAGCAUGGCGGCGCCGCGCGCGCGCUCGCCGCCCGCCGCGCCGCCCUACGAGCUGCUGUACCCGCCCUACCACGACCCGCGACGAUACUACAACGACCUGCCGCACUACGACGCCUGA